GUGUGGCAAUUGUGUUGAAGAAGAAGCAUGGCGAGAUACCAAAGUCUGAUUGUAGCUGCUUUGUUGCGAGCUUCUCGCCGCUUUAUGUCACCGGCACUCUCCGUUAGGACCUUUUCUUCUUCCUCCUUACUUCCAAAGACAACAACCCUCGUCACUCGUCCUCGCUCUUCUCUUUUUUCUUUCUCCAUUUCUAAGUUUUCUUCUUCUUCUCCACCUUCUCUUCGACCGCCGAAAACAGCCGCUCGUAAUGCCCACAAAAAAGACUCUUUGGAAUAUAAAACAACUGAUGAUGUGGAGGUCGUAGAUGAUUGGGAAGAAGAAGCGGAAGUAGAACCAAAGCUUGGCGAUGGAGGAGAUGGUGGUGGGGUUGUUCUUGGAGGUGUACCAUGGGGUGAAAGAGCUCUCUCUAUUGCUGCAGAAGUUGUGAAGCAGUCUGAGGAAGAAGAUUUGCAACUGUUUGCUUUCAGAACUUCUCCGCGUGGAUAUAUAUACGUCAGACUAGACAAACUCUCGAAUGAAUAUGGAUGUCCUACCAUGGAUGAGCUUGAGAAGUUUAGUCGAGAAUUUAAAGAAAGACUAGAUGAUGCAGGGGCUACAAAAGCAGUCCCAGAGGAUCUAGCCCUUGAGGUAUCAUCCCCAGGAGCAGACAGGCUGCUGAGAGUUCCAGAGGAUUUGCAGCGAUUCAAGGAGAUGCCGAUGAGAGUAAGCUAUGAAGAGGAAACAAACUCGAGGAAAGCAGUAAAGAGUGCAGUGUUCCUCUUGGAUUCUGUAGAUGCAGAAUCAGAGAUUUGUAUCUGGAAAUUAGCAGAUGUGAGGGAGAAUAGAGAUCCCAAAAGCAAAGGCAGACCGUUAAGCCGGAAACAAAAAGACCUGAGAGUCAAAAUUCCUUUCACAGAUCACAAGAAGAUAACUCUAUACGUGGACUAGUUAAGGUAGAUGAUGUAGAAGUUGAGUUGCUAGGAAAGGAAGUUCAUUGUUACCGAGGGUUUUGCUCUGCUGUUUGUGGAAUACUCUAAGCUCACAACCUUUAGGUUACGUUUAUCAUUCUGGUUUAUGUAACGUUUUAGUUGAGAUUGUGAGUAAACAUAUGAAAAUUUUCACUCUACUGAGAUGUUGUAAGAUUUGAACAGGGAAAAGCUGACUAACAAAAUUAGAAGAAUCAAUUCUUAUUGAA